AGACAUGAAAAAUGCUGUAAUUGGAAACAACAAGCAGACCAACCUCAUUGUUCUAGGAGCUGUUCCAAGAUUAUUGUACUUGCUUCAGCAAGAAACCUCAAGCACAGAGUUGAAAACUGAAUGUGCAGUGGUAUUGGGAAGUCUUGCUAUGGGUACUGAAAACAAUGUUAAGUCUCUACUCGAUUGCCAUAUUAUCCCUGCCUUACUGCAAGGACUACUGUCCCCAGACCUGAAGUUCAUUGAAGCUUGCCUCCGAUGCCUGCGCACCAUCUUCACCAGUCCCGUUACUCCAGAGGAACUACUGUAUACAGAUGCCACAGUGAUACCUCUCAUGGCGCUGCUUAGCAUCCGCUAUACCCAGGAGUACAUCUGUCAGAUCUUCUCACACUGCUGUAAAGGUCCAGAUCAUCAAACAAUUUUAUUUAAUCAUGGUGCAGUUCAGAAUAUUGCUCACCUACUAACCUCAGUAUCUUACAAAGUUCGAAUGCAGGCACUGAAAUGCUUCUCGGUUUUAGCUUUUGAAAACCCCCAGGUAUCGAUGACCCUGGUAAAUGUUUUGGUUGAUGGAGAAUUGUUACCACAAAUUUUUGUGAAGAUGUUACAGAGGGAUAAGCCCAUUGAAAUGCAGCUCACAUCAGCAAAAUGUUUAACUUACAUGUGUAGAGCUGGAGCAAUUCGGACAGAUGACAACUGUAUUGUAUUAAAGACAUUGCCUUGUUUGGUUCGAAUGUGCAGUAAGGAGAGGUUACUAGAGGAGAGAGUUGAAGGAGCUGAGACACUCGCCUAUCUGAUUGAACCAGAUGUUGAGCUACAGAGAAUUGCUAGCAUUACUGAUCACCUCAUUGCCAUGCUUGCUGAUUAUUUCAAGUAUCCCAGCUCUGUGAGUGCCAUCACUGAUAUUAAAAGGCUUGAUCAUGACUUAAAGCAUGCUCACGAACUUCGCCAGGCUGCAUUCAAGCUCUAUGCCUCUCUCGGAGCAAACGAUGAAGACAUCCGGAAGAAGAUCAUUGAGACUGAAAAUAUGAUGGACCGAAUUGUGACUGGCUUGUCUGAGUCUAGUGUCAAGGUGCGGUUAGCUGCCGUCAGAUGUUUGCACAGUUUAUCUAGAUCUGUGCAGCAGCUUCGAACCAGUUUCCAGGAUCACGCCGUGUGGAAACCUUUAAUGAAGGUUUUACAAAAUGCACCAGAUGAAAUCCUAGUAGUAGCGUCUUCCAUGUUAUGUAACCUUCUUCUUGAAUUUUCUCCAAGCAAAGAGCCAAUUUUAGAAUCGGGAGCUGUAGAGCUACUUUGUGGAUUAACCCAAAGUGAAAAUCCUGCUUUACGAGUGAAUGGAAUUUGGGCUUUAAUGAAUAUGGCAUUUCAGGCUGAACAAAAAAUAAAAGCAGAUAUUUUACGAAGCUUGAGUACUGAACAGCUAUUCCGGUUAUUAUCAGAUUCAGAUUUGAAUGUGCUGAUGAAGACAUUGGGCCUUCUUAGAAAUCUCCUCUCUACUCGCCCACACAUAGAUAAAAUAAUGAGUACUCAUGGAAAGCAAAUUAUGCAAGCUGUCACCCUUAUUUUGGAAGGGGAACAUAACAUUGAGGUCAAAGAGCAGACACUGUGCAUCCUAGCCAACAUAGCAGAUGGGACAACGGCAAAAGAACUUAUUAUGACCAAUGAUGACAUCCUGCAGAAAAUCAAGUAUUACAUGGGUCAUUCACAUGUCAAAUUGCAGCUUGCUGCUAUGUUUUGUAUAUCAAACCUCAUAUGGAAUGAAGAGGAAGGCUCACAAGAACGCCAGGAUAAAUUACGAGACAUGGGCAUCGUAGAUAUUCUGCACAAACUGAGUCAGUCACCAGAUUCAAAUCUUUGUGACAAGGCAAAGAUGGCACUGCAGCAGUACCUGGCGUGAUGGGAACGCCCUGGGCGCCUGCGAGCAUCCCACAUCCUUGUUAAAGGAAGUACAGGAACUAGCCUCAUUUGAUUCCUUCUAUUUGCACAAGUCACCUUGGACUGCAGGGAGCUGUUUUGCAAAAGCAAUUUGGUAGGCUUAGAUCUCAAAUUCACCUUGAGAACAUUUUUUUGAGGUAGUAAUUUCCUCAGAGGACUAUUGUGUUUUGUUUUGUUUCUUUCUGAGCUACCUGGACUCUUUAUUAGAACAAUCAAUUAUUUUCCUUCGGACCUACAAUUUUUUGCCUAUGCUGCAGCCACUUUGUGAGUGAGAAUGGCUGUGUGUGUGUGUGUGUGUGUGUGCGCGCGUGCGUGCAUGUGGGUCAGGAUGAAUGGACGUGUGUGUGUGAGGGAUACCUCAAAGUUUUCUCUUCUUAUUUUGUGUGAAAAUCUCUUUUCUACAGAUUUUCCAGGGUUUAAGCAUUGCUUGCUGUAUAAAAAUCUUUACUGAAUUAUAUACAGUUUGAAUGAAAUGUUAUUUUAAAAACAAAACGAUUGUUAAGUGUUCCAUAAAGGUUAUGUUGAAUUUUGGUCAGAUGAAUAUUUGUAAGUAAAAAAUAUAUGCAUUUCUGAACCUCAACUUACAUAGAUUUUCUUUAUAAAAAACAAAAAAAGAAAAAAACAAAACGAAAAGGUUGGCUAUAGUUGGCCUGAAUAACAGGCACGAUAUAUGGUGCUGUGCAAAAUAGUAAGCUAGCAUCUUAUACUGCCGUCAAUAUCAGCAGGUACAGAGCCUCCUUUCAGCCUAAUUCAAUAAGCUCUCAGGCUUCCAAGUCAGAUGGACAGAGUCGGGUGGAGUGAGGCGACAAAUGCACCACAGGUUUUCUGAAACAUCAAAGGGAAGUAUAACUACUGAUAGUGAAAGCCCAGCCAUGACUGGUGGGCUGUGCUUGGCAGGAACUGGGCACUGAGAGCCUCCCAACUGCCCUAAAUCCUGUCACUGGUAUAACAGUAAGUAUAUGGCGGGAUUUAGAACCAGUCAUGGAACCUUAAGCUCCAACUAAAGUAGGUCAUCACUUCGUGGAAACAAAGUCCGAUCACCUUGUGCUUCCUGAAACAGCAUAUAUCACUGUGAAACUAAAGAACGUCCUACAGACGCAUCUGUAGGAAGAAG